AUGGAUACAGAGUUCAGCACCCACGCAGAGUGGACUGAAAUUAUCGAAAAGAUCAGGGCCGCGGCCAAGGUCCUACGAUUUGAUCUACGUGAGAAGACUAGAGAUGACACUGAUACUUCCCUUUGGAAGUCUCGAGGGUCGUACGCCGAAUGGGCUACGGAUUUCCAGGCCUCCGUGCUUCUGGUCUCGCAUAAUAUGCCCAAGACCACCACGUCGGUGAAGCGAGAUGAUGACCAGGGCACUAUUACUGACGACAAUGCAAGCACCCAAGCAGCACAUGUCAGCAAUGAGAAGUCUUCUACUUGGCACGAGAGUGAAGCCAGACACAGUGGCCUAAAAGUCUACGAGUAUCGUGGAAAGCCCGAGAGCGAUUGCUCCACUGAGACGCUCGACUUUGUUGUUGCGGCUCCGAAGGAACCCCGUCAAGUCUCUACCAAUGAUCCCCAAACUAGCGGUCAGACUGAUCAGGUCCCUAAAAAGCAUGAUCGAAGCCACGGUUUAAGCGUCGACAAAGUCCCUCCGCUGCUCUACCGAUGGUGGAACAUUGAUUCACAGGGAACCAACUCGAAAUACCAGUUUCGUGCCGCCCUCUUCUGUAACAGGGAGACGUUUAACCCUGAAGACAUAACGGAAAGCGAAUUCAAGGCCUUCUUUCGCGGCCAUGUGACAAAACAGGAGGUUGCGUCUCCUUUUAUUUCGACGUUUUCUUCCCCGCUAGCACCAAUACACCGUGCCUUGAUCAGCCAAAAGGGCGCUAUGGUGUCAAUCAUUGAUACCUCGAAGGUGACAUCGAAGAUAUUCUACGCUUGCCCCCUCGCUGUCCAAACCAGGACCUUUACACGCAGCUGGAAAGGUUACGCCGAGUAUCUGGUCUGGGGGGAAAUCCCGGCCGAGGCAAUUGUUUCGACGCUGGACAUAAACACAAUAGAGUUGAUUGCACAACUUAACCAUGAUAUCAAUCGUCUCCUGCAACUCCAAGUGAUCCGAGAUAUGCCGCGUUGCAACCAAAAGCUGCGCGACGUACUGGCUAUGAGGCACAAGUCGAAGUCAUCCUUUCAGUGCGGUCUUACCUUGAGGAAGCUUCUUGUUCUUCUUCAGAUCCCUAGAGCCUACUGGGAAGAUCUAGCACCAAAAUUCGCCCGUUGUUGGGGCUGGAAAUACGCCGCAGAAAAGAGAGCGUUUCUCGAGGGUGUUCUUUCUAGAAUACCUUAUUCUCAGGAGGAAUUGUCAGACUCGGAGAGUGAAUGGGUGAUGCCACCACAGACGACACCUAAGAAGCCGUCAAGCCACCUAACAACUGACUCGGAUGAGGAGGACUGGGAGUCCGAAGAGAGCGAGCAAUGCUAUCAAGAAUGCUUUGAUCUACAGCGCAAGCCAGAAAGUCUCCGGAAAUCACCACGCAAGCCAUUCUUCUAUCGAGGAGAUUUUAUCCCGGACUUGGAUUGGAUUCCUCCUGAGCAGGACGAAGACCCCUCGGGGCACUCCGACUCUGAUAACAACGGUCAUGAUGCCUCCGAAAACCAUUCUGUAUCUAUGGAAGAAAAGAGCGACACAACUGCGGAAAGUGUAUCCCUUGAGACCGUUGAUAGUAUGUCUGAUCGGUACGAAGACGAGAAUCUGAUGGAAGACCAUAUGGUCCUGGACUGGGAACUCGCAUCUACCUCAGAAAAGACACAAACCGGGAUGCCGCCCCAGGAUCAUAACGUUGAUUUCUCCCUUGUGCAUGGCUCCCUAGUGCAUCCCCAAAAUAGAGACACAGAGAUGGGUCUCGAUGGCCGCGUCAGCGACGAUGAGGACGACCCUAGUGCACAGACGGCACUCGAGCGAGAAUGGCCCCCCGAUGAUGAUUGUCCGGACAUGAACACCCUAAGUCGAGUUCGAUUUGGGUGA